GUGCCUCCCUAUCAGAGCCAUGUCACUGGGCAGCAGGGGAAGCAGUAGCAGCAGCGGAGGUAGAGGUGUCAACCUCCCAGUGGAGGUGUGGCGUGUGGUCCUGGCCUACCUCCCCCUCCCAGAGCUGGGCCGUUGCAGCCUGGUGUGCAGGGCCUGGAGAGAGCUGAUCCUCUCCCUGGAUAACACCCGUUGGAGACAGCUCUGCCUGGGCCUGCCCGAGUGUCCUCGACACCCCAACUGGCCCAGCCGGCCCCACCUGGAGCCCUCAUCCUGGAGAGAAGCCCUGAGGCAGCACGCCAUCGCCAGUCGUACCUGGUCCCGCCACGCCCACCCUGAGCUCCAGCCCUCCGCCUGCCUCCACCUGUUCCGCCGGAGGAAGGAGAGGAGGGUGUGGCAGGUGGGGUCGGGGCUGGAGCUGGAGACGCUGAGGGAGGCGUUGGGGGUCGCUGGGUCGUACGACCGGGUGGUACUGCACCCCGGGGUGUAUGAGGAGCAGGCAGAGUUGGUGCUGAAGGUGCCUGUGGAGGUGGUGGGGUUAGGGAGGCUGGGGGAUGUGGCUCUCCUGGUCAGUCUGGAGCAGCAGUGUCCCACAGCCAGGCUGUCCAACCUGGUCUUCAUGCCUGCAUGGUUCUCCUCCGUUGUAUACAAGACGUCGUCAGGUCAUGUCCAGUUGGACAACUGUAAUUUCGAGGGAGCUCAGCUGCAGAUCCGAGGGCCAGGAACCUGCCACGCCCGCUUCUGCUCAUUCUCUCAGGGAAGCUCCACCCACUUCCUGGGCGUGGCCCUCAGCCUGUUGGAUAGCUGUGAUUUCUCAGGAAGUGAUUCGGCGUCCGUGACGGUUGAUGGCGCUCCAGUGAUGGAGCGGAACUGGGCCUGUAAACACUUGGCCUCGCUGGCCCGAAUCACCACAUCCUGGACCUCGCCUGGGAGCGGUAGCCCAGCUGGGGACACCUUGGACGGGCAUUCAGGAGCCACACAGCCCCCUGGGGCGACCAUCACCCUGGAGGACUGGAGCAAAGGAGAAACGGAGAGCAGGAGGAGAGGAGGAGGAGGAGGAGGGGAGGAAGGAGUGUGUCAGGAUACUGUGAUUGAGGACGGCUGGAGCGGCAGCGCUCCUAGUGACGAGGAAGAGGAAGAGGAGGAGGGAAAAGGAGAGGAAGGUUCAGGACAAGGCAACAACGGUCUAAACUACAGACUGGCCCACAGUCACCACGGCCUCUCUCAUCUCCUCAGACCCAACCAGGACGACUCCUCCGACUUCACCUCGCUGACCCCUGAAGUCCGAACCCUAACCGAGGAGCUCCAACGCGACCCCGGGGCCCAGGCGCUGAUCGAGACGGUGCAGGGGUGCGUGCUGAGGCGCUGCCUGUUUCGGGACGGCAAGGGCGGUGUGCACGUGUGUAACCACGGAAACGCCAGGUUGGAAGGAAACGUGUUCCGGGGGCUGACCUAUGCCGUGCGCUGCAUCCAGAACGCCACGAUUGUGAUGCUCCGUAAUGAGGUGUGUGAGUGUCGUGCGUCGGGCGUGUUCCUGCGUCUGUCGUCUCAGGGUCUGAUCGCUGACAACAACAUCCACUCCAACGGGGAGGCGGGGCUCGACAUCCGCAAGGGGGCGGACCCCAUCAUCCUGUGUAACAGAAUACACAGCGGUUUGCGUUCCGGCAUCGUGGUCCUUGGCAACGGGAGGGGUUCCAUCCGGAGCAACCAGAUUUAUAACAACAAGGAAGCAGGCGUCUACAUUCUGUUCAACGGGAACCCUGUGGUCAG